AUGAAGCAACUAAACAUGUACCUAUUGACCUUUUCGAUGUUUUCACUUACGGCUAUCGCACAAGGUUCAAAUCGGUUGUCGGAGCCCGAUUUUAAGGCUGCUAAUUUCGCAAAGGCGAUAGAAGAUCAAAAACUCAACGGGAGUGUCCUCAGAGACUUUGAGGUCGCGUCUGAGAUCUCUUGUCAGUUUGAAUGUAUCUCUGAAGAGCGAUGUUUAUCUUACAACUUCCUUCCCAUCCAUGGCAAAGAGAUAAGUAUAUGCCAACUAAGUGACUCGGACCGCUUUAUCAGUAGCGUGAAUUUUACGAAAGAGGAUGGAGCUAUUUACAGAGGAAUACAGAGCACCUGCGAACAAGAUAUUCCGUGCACAGAGAGUGAAAUAUGUGUGGUUGACUACAGAUCAAACACUCACUUUUGUAAGUGUAGCAGAGAUUGUCCUAGGAACUGUCUUGACCAUUAUCAAAAUGGCUCCACUUCCGACGGAGUGUAUUUGAUUUACCCUGAUGAAGAACAACCCUUCCAAGUACUGUGUGACAUGACAACUAAUGGUGGAGGAUGGACCACCUUUCAAAGGCGCAUGGAUGGCUCUGUAGACUUUUAUGUCGACUGGGAAUCUUACAAAAAAGGCUUUGGAAAUCUGGAGGGCGAGUUUUGGCUUGGGAAUGACUACCUUCACCGUCUCACUGCAUCUGCCAACAUGGUGUUUCGAAUUGAUAUGGAGGAUUACGAAGGCGACCGAAGAUUUGCCGAGUACACGACCUUCUUUGUGGCCGAAGAAAGCAAUGAUUACCGGGUAACGAUCGAUACAUACCGAGGCACCGCAGGCGAUGCAUUACUAUCUCUCAGUAGGCCUAUCAGAAAUAUGAAGUUUACAACCAAGGACAGAGACAACGACGUCGAUAACAGUAAGAAUUGUGCCUUGUACUAUAAAGGCGCCUGGUGGUACAACUAUUGCCAUAACGCAAAUCCAAAUGGUUUGUACCAAGGUGGAGGCAACGCACAAGGAAUUACAUGGGAACCAUUUCGGGGACAAGAUUAUUCGUUAAAGCACAUCGAGAUCAAACUUCGACCAGCAUGA